UGGUCGGUGCUGUUGCUCACACAGCAGCUCGGCUCAGGCAGCAGACGGCGGCCCGAGCCUCCGGUCCCAUCUACCGUCAUCUCACCCCCUUCAUUUCCAUUUUUCCUCUUCCUGUUCGGGCUCAACUCCUUUUUCCUUUUUCCUUUUCCCUGAAGCCGGCUCGGAGAAAUGUCCGCCAGACCAGGAUUUUACCGGCAGGAGCUGAACAAGACUGUGUGGGAGGUUCCGGAGCGGUACCAGAACCUGACUCCGGUGGGCUCCGGAGCCUACGGCUCGGUGUGCUCGGCGUAUGAUGUCGUUUCGCGGCAUAAGGUUGCGGUGAAGAAGCUCUCCAGGCCUUUUCAGUCUCUGAUCCACAGCCGCCGCUCGUACCGGGAACUCAGGCUGCUCAAGCACAUGAAACACGAGAAUGUAAUAGGACUGCUGGAUGUCUUCACACCUGCUGCAACAUUAGAGGACUUCAAUGAGCUCUACCUGGUGACUAACCUGAUGGGCGCAGACCUCAACAACAUUGUUAAAUUUCAGCGGUUGUCAGACGAGCAUGUGCAGUUCUUAAUUUACCAGCUUCUACGCGGCCUCAAGUACAUCCAUUCAGCGGGAUUGAUUCACAGAGACCUCAAACCAAGUAAUGUGGCAGUAAAUGAGGACUGUGAGUUGAGGAUCCUUGACUUUGGAUUGGCCAGACAGACGGACGACGAGAUGACAGGGUAUGUGGCAACUCGCUGGUAUCGAGCGCCGGAGAUCAUGCUGAACUGGAUGCACUACAAUCAGAAUGUUGAUAUUUGGUCAGUGGGAUGCAUUAUGGGAGAGCUGCUGAAGGGAAAAGUCCUUUUUCCUGGCACUGACUAUAUUGACCAGUUGAAGAGAAUCAUGGAGGUGGUUGGGACUCCAACACCCGACCUGUUAAAGAAGAUCUGCUCUGAACAUGCACAGAAGUACAUCCAAUCCCUGCCCUUCAUGCCCCAGCAGGACCUGGAGAAGAUUUUUAGAGGAGCAAAUCCACUGGCUGUCGAUCUAAUGAAGCGUAUGCUGGUUCUGGACUGUGAUGGGAGGAUCUCGGCCAGCGAGGCUCUGUCCCACCCUUACUUCUCACAGUAUCACGAUCCAGAUGACGAGCCAGAGGCCCCGCCUUACGACCAAACGUUGGAGAGUAAAGACCGAACUCUAGAAGAAUGGAAAGAGUUGGUAUUUGAAGAGGUGAACAGUGUCAAAGCAUCCGGCAGCAAGACCGAUAGCCUUCAGGUGGAGCAGUAAGCCUUUUUCAGCUCUGCCUCAACCCUAACCCUGCAUAAGGACCAAGUACUCAAUGAUUGGGAGAAGAAAGAAAAACUCUGCAUUCCCUCUGCUCAGUGUGACUGUGUUUGAUUGCCUGUCAUGGGUUUAUUUGAGCAGCGGGGGCAGGACGGUCUCCACGGGAUCAGAUGCACACAUUGCAACUUACAGGGAGCAUUUUAGAAUCCGAUAGAAGGAGCUUCACAGUCCAGAAAGUUGCUUCCCCUUAUGUUUCCGCUCAGUGAGGGUAAAAUGAGGAACCAUUCAACAUCAGGGAUUGCAGAGGGCAUGAGGACUCAUACGGGGGAGCAACUUUACGGAACUAAACUGUGUUUACAGACUGGUAUUGAAGGACGAAAAAAAACUGCACACUAGGAUUUCCAAAGCAACUACAUCUGGUCCCUCGUCAUGACAAAUGCCAUAAGCAGUCAGUGCUUUCAUAUAUGGAAUUCAUGUUUAAAGGCUUGCAGCGAUGCCACGUCAUGUCACAAGAGCAGCUUAGCAUUUAGCCUGCGUACUACUGCAUGAUUUUUGUGCAUUUUAUUAUUACAAAAUAUAACUGGUAUUGUAUUAUAUAACCAUUAAGACUGCUUAUUGCAUAUGCCACGCUGCUAUAAAAGCAGCCCGAGGAUCAGAGAGAGGCAUUAUAAGGAAAUGUGACCAACUUUCAAUCUGUUCUAUCUUUAUAAUUAAAGUGCAUUGAAAAAAAUGAUAUUAAAGCAAAGAAAAACGACUGUUCUUCCUCGGAUGAGAGUCAUCCUCUCCUGCUUACAGAAUAGUAAACACCAACUGUGCUAUUAAUUAUCAAGGUAAUUAAUAUAUGCCAAAGCUGGAGCAGCAUGACUGUGUUGCAGGUCUGUGUUUACAGUGCAACCGCGCUUGUCAUAUACAGUUUCAGCUGAUGGCUGAUAUCUGGUCACCUGUUGGUUUUAGAAGCGUUUCAUCAGGUUUCCAUAGUUCUAUGUUGUGUUUUUUAAAGCCCCAGUUUGUGUUUACAAUAGUUAGGAUUACAGGCAUUUUGUAAACUGUUUGAAAGCUGUGGUGGAUAAUAAGAUAUUAGCCAGCUUCAUGCAAGUAAUGACUGGUCAAACACUCAACACAAAUGAUGCAAGGUGUGCACAUUAAUUAGUGAUCAUAGUAUAAAAGCACUGGGGAUGUUCUUUACCUCGCUUGUGCGAUUUCCAGUAAAACUGAACUACAUAGCUUAUUGCAACACUUGUACGCCCUCACAUGCAAUAUUUGUACAAGCAGCAUGAGCUAUCCACAUAUUCGGAUUAUCACAACAAAUGUCUGACUUCCUCACUGACAUUGUGUCACUCAUCUUGCAGCAGACUGGAGUUUUAGUUCUACAAAUGUUUUGCUGAGGUAGGAAUAAUCUGCUUGUGUUAACCCACAGUGUGCAGAGCCAACAGGUUUUCCAGCUCAAGGCUGAAGGUCAAGGCAAAAUGUCAAGAGGAAAAAGAGGACAACGCUGAUAUUAUGAAAUCUAGAACUAAAUAAAAAUAAUAUGAUAAAAUACAGUGUGUGUAAUGCCUAAAGGGUUUCAGACAACUAUGAGCAUUUUAAUGAGAUAUACCUCAACAUCCGGGGUGGUUUGCUUACAUUUUAGUCAAGUGAAGGGUUCAUUGACUGAUGCCAGUUGACAUUUUGGGAGAAAAACACAAACUGUAUUAAUUAGGAGCUAAAAGGUUCAUAAUUCAGGAGCACAAAUAAUUACAGUUUAUAUAUUCUCACACUUAAUCUGUCUGCUAUCUGGACACAAGUUGGAUAGCAGUUGUAAAACAGAUAUAAGUUUUCUAAAACCUGACCCUCUAAUGCAAAGUAGCAGCACUAGUAGCUCUUUAGAUUAGCUAAAGCCCAUCUGAGGUUUUAUUUUGCGUCAGAUAUGAGAUGAACAACGGAAUAAGAAGAAAACCUAGCUAACUAGCCUAGCUAGAUUUGUUAGCCAGCUAGGCUAAAUUCAAUUGUAUUUUAUAAGGUUUGUGUGUUCCUUCGUGCAAGUUAAACUGUGGUUCCAUGGCUUGUCCCACUCAAGUCUAACCAAACCAAUGAGAUUAUUUCUGCCUAAAAGAAACAAUAAUACAACUAAAAUAUAGUUUUUGAAGAACACAAGAAAGAAAACCCACUCUUAGCUAUUUUUUCCCUGUAAUUUUUCUUACUGGAGUGCUAAAUGUAGCCUUUUGUUCAAGUCGUCCAUUAACACUGGAUGCAAAAUAUUGAAUUUACAGUCCAACUGAAUCAAACAUGUCUUUCUCAGUCAUGUCAGUGUUAGAGCUCUGAAUGUUCAAGUGUUAUGUGCUUAUGUGGAUGUUGUAUAUGGGGUGGAUUUGAAUAGCUAACUGCAAAUUGAAUGUAUCCGUAUACUGUAUGUAUGUUACAAGUUAGGUGUGUCUUUUGAAUACAUGGCGGCAUGAGAAUUAACGUUAGCCAUGAGUUUAAAAUCACUGAACUGAAUGUCAGCUAUCAGUUUUCAAAUGAUUUAGAUGAUUUUCUCAUUUAUCAUGAACGAGUAACGUGACUUGGCAAGUCUUCAACAAAAUAAACAACAUCAGU